UCUAAAUUAUUCGGCAUUUGCAAGACACCGAUUCCUGCUACCUACCGGCGCGCGCUUGAUAUUGGAACAGCAAGUGGUAUUGUAUGACCCUCUCCGUGAUAUGAUAAGUACGCCAACACAGUUAUCUAGGGACUUUGCAGAUGAACAUCCUUACCUUAAAGUUAUCAGUAUUGACCUGUCAGACUUAGUGCCUGAAUGGGUUGCGCCUAAUCUGUCUUUUCAAGUUGUGGAACGCCUGGAUCUUCAAGACUUUGAGAUAUCUUCACAAGACUUUGUACAUCUCCGCGACCUCAAAGGGAGAAUUAGUAACUGGGGCGAGUUUUCAAAAGAGGUCUUCAACGUAUUGAAACCCGGAGGGGUUGCAGAGUUCCACGAAGAGACCAUUGAGUUCAAUGGAGAGGCGGAGCUACCGGAGCAUAGCUAUAUGAAGCAAUGGGGAAACCUAUUCCUAGAGGCUGGUGCAAGGCGGGGGGCGGAAUUCAAUAUUAUCGAGUCCGGACAACUGCUUGGUUCGCUACGGGCUGCUGGCUUUAGUGAGGUCAAGGAAUAUAAGUACAAGGUACCGAUUGAACCUCGGCAUAAAUCGCAGCAGCAGGAGAUGUCGGAAUGGCUAGCUUGGCUGGCAUUUGUUUAUGACAUAGAAGGGACCAUCUUUCGUCCAGCCAUUGAGAAUCUGGGAUGGAGCAAGGAGAAAUGUCAGCUGUUCGCUGCAGAUUUGCGCAAUGAGUUGAAGAUGACAACAGUCAAACCUUAUAUGACACGUCUUGUAGUUGUUUGCAAGAAACCAUAGACUUGAUGCCUCCACUGACUCGCUCAAGAAUCAUAAGAUGCUUUUUGCCCUUCGCAUUGCAUUUUCAGACCUUGACUAGUCCGGAGAAAUACAAGGUUCUAGCACUAC